AUGAAAGAGGACGACAGUGGCGACGGAUGUCUCGAUGACGGAUCGACUCAGCGAUUUAGCGGUGUCCAGACAAAGGUUACCAGCCACCUCGCAGCUCAGGGCACACGUCGCACAGUUACCCUCACCUUCACAUGGACAUCCCGAUCCUCUUAUGCCAGUUGCCGAGAACUGGUGCCAUACUCAGCAUUUUUAAUAUUGCCAUCCGCUAUCAAAGUGGUGCAGCGUGGAAAUGAAAUGCGUGGCAUAGGAAAGACGGGCUCCAUUCGCUUGCUUUUUAUUUGCUGCUUAAAUACUCCAAAAGUGAAAGUCGUCAAAUUCAACUACAUGUGGACGAUUAACAAUUUUUCGUUUUGUCGAGAAGAAAUGGGAGAGGUGCUCAAGUCGUCGACGUUUUCCGCUGGUGCAAGCGACAAGCUGAAAUGGUGUUUGCGGAUAAAUCCAAAAGGAUUAGACGAGGAAUCAAGAGACUAUCUCUCGCUUUAUCUCUUACUCGUACAAUGUGCAAAGAGUGAAGUGCGUGCCAAAUUCAAAUUCUCUAUACUGAACGCAAAACGAGAGGAAACCAAGGCCAUGGAAUCUCAACGAGCAUAUCGAUUCGUACAAGGCAAAGACUGGGGAUUCAAGAAGUUUAUUCGAAGGGAUUUCCUGCUGGAUGAGUCCAACGGCCUGUUGCCAGAUGAUCGGCUGAGUAUAUUUUGUGAAGUGUCGGUGGUUGCUGAGACAGUCAACGUCACUGGACAAACAAGUGCUCAACAAUUUAAGGUUCCUCCCUGUCGGUUGUCUGAAGAUCUUUCGGCUCUUUUCGAGAGCAAACAGUUCAGUGAUUGUACGUUGGUGGCGACCUGUAAAUCGAAUGGGCCCCAAACGUUCCAUGUAAGUUUUGCGU